CUGGGAGUUGUACUGCCUUGAACAUGGUAUUCAGCCUGACGGUCAGAUGCCAAGUGACAAAACCAUUGGCGGCGGGGACGACUCGUUCAACACAUUCUUCAGUGAGACUGGAGCCGGCAAGCACGUGCCCAGAGCAGUGUUUGUGGACCUGGAGCCCACUGUGGUCGAUGAAGUGCGCACAGGAACCUACAGGCAGCUCUUCCACCCAGAGCAGCUCAUCACUGGGAAGGAAGAUGCGGCCAACAACUAUGCCAGAGGUCACUAUACCAUUGGCAAGGAGAUUGUUGACCUAGUCCUGGACCGCAUCCGGAAACUGGCAGAUCUGUGCACGGGACUGCAGGGCUUCCUCAUCUUCCACAGCUUUGGAGGCGGCACAGGAUCUGGGUUCGCGUCUCUGCUCAUGGAGCGGCUUUCGGUGGACUAUGGCAAGAAGUCCAAGCUGGAGUUUGCCAUAUACCCCGCCCCCCAGGUGUCCACAGCGGUCGUGGAGCCCUACAACUCCAUCCUGACCACACACACGACGCUGGAACAUUCUGACUGUGCUUUCAUGGUGGACAACGAAGCCAUCUAUGACAUCUGCCGGCGCAACCUGGAUAUUGAGCGCCCCACGUACACCAACCUCAAUCGUCUGAUUGGGCAGAUCGUGUCAUCCAUCACAGCCUCCCUGAGGUUUGAUGGGGCCCUGAAUGUGGACCUGACAGAAUUCCAGACCAACCUGGUGCCAUACCCUCGCAUCCACUUCCCGCUGGCUACCUAUGCCCCGGUCAUCUCAGCUGAGAAGGCGUACCAUGAGCAGCUGUCAGUGGCAGAGAUCACCAACGCUUGCUUCGAGCCAGCCAACCAGAUGGUCAAGUGUGACCCUCGCCAUGGCAAAUACAUGGCCUGCUGCAUGCUGUACAGGGGCGACGUGGUCCCGAAGGAUGUCAAUGCGGCUAUUGCCACCAUCAAGACCAAGCGCACCAUCCAGUUUGUGGAUUGGUGCCCAACGGGAUUUAAGGUGGGCAUCAACUACCAGCCCCCCACCGUGGUCCCUGGGGGAGACCUGGCCAAGGUGCAGCGGGCCGUGUGCAUGCUCAGCAACACCACUGCCAUCGCAGAGGCCUGGGCCCGCCUGGACCACAAGUUUGACCUCAUGUACGCCAAGCGGGCCUUUGUGCACUGGUACGUGGGGGAAGGCAUGGAGGAAGGGGAGUUCUCAGAGGCCCGCGAGGACCUGGCAGCUCUGGAGAAGGAUUAUGAGGAGGUGGGCGUGGACUCCGUGGAAGCAGAGGCUGAAGAAGGGGAGGAGUACUGAGUGUGGGGCUCUGCCUGGCAGCCAUCUGCUUAUGUCUGCCCCACCACUGACACUAAAGCAUGUAUUUACUUAUUAAAAUGUCGUAUUGAGCUAGUUCCUGCCUGGUGUGCUGAGCUUUCUAACACAACUCCUUUCUAGAUACCUGCCUUUUCCAAGUAAGUUUCUCUGAGGAGAGCAUACUAGAUUUUUCCUAAGAAACAAUAAACGUGUCUGUAUUUUCA